AUGAAAGCAAUUCUUCAGCGCGUCCUCUCUGCCUCUGUUACGGUCGACCAGCAGCUCAUAUCCUCAAUUGGAAAAGGCAUCUUGGUCUUUGCAGCUGUUGCGCCUGGGGAUACUGAGAAGGAUGUGGAAACUCUAGCAACCAAGGUCUUAAAAAUGCGUCUGUGGGAUGAUGAGUCUGGUGGUAGGUGGAAGAAAAGUGUCCAAGAUAUUGAUGGAGAGGUUCUUUGUGUUUCGCAAUUCACAUUGCUUGCUGUGACCAAAAAAGGCACAAAACCAGACUUCCACGGGGCAUUAGGAGGGGACAAAGCCAAGGAACUGUAUCAACUAUUCGUCAAAAAAGUGGAACAAGGCUAUGCUGCAGAGAGGGUGAAAGAUGGAGUGUUCCAGGCUAUGAUGGAAGUGGCAUUGGUAAAUGACGGACCGGUGACGUUAGAAAUGUCGGUUGGACCUAGUGGUGAGAAGGCCUCUAGUAAUUGA